CAAAAAAAAAAAUGAUAAUAAUAACAAACAGGUGAAGUUCGUUCUUUUUGUCACCCCUUGAGAUUUGCCUUGCCACUUUCAACUACUUCUACUAUUCACUCACUACGAUUCCUUUCGUCUCGCGUUGGAUUUGGUCACUCAAUCUCUCUCUCUCUUACUCUGCGGAGGAGUUUCUCUCUCUAAAUCUUCAAUGGAGUGUCUACGAAUCCCCGGCUCCGUCGUCCCAUGCAACUACUCGUUCCCGAAUUCGGCGAAAUCCAAUUUCAGUAACUCGAGAGUUUAUUUUGCUCCGUCGUGGAGAAGAAGAAGAAGAGGAAGGAAUGGUUGUUUGAGGCUGAGAGGAUCGGUUUUAGGCGAGAGCGACGAUCGUGCUAAUCGGUCUUCGCAAAUUGAUCAGAAAAAAGGAAGUCUCGUUUUGGGAACAGAGAAGGAUGACUCUGGCUCCAUUAUCGGCUUUCACUUGAUUCCUCCUUCCGGUGAUGUUGAAGUCGCUGAGCCUCCUGAGGAUGUAAUUUCUGAUGAAGUGGACGAAGCUGAGGGCAUAGACGGAAAAGAGGAACCCCAGACCAGAACAACCUAUAACAUUGUCUUUGUUACUGCUGAAGCAGCACCUUAUUCAAAGACAGGUGGCUUGGGAGAUGUUUGUGGUUCUUUGCCUAUUGUACUAGCUUCCCGUGGUCACCGUGUUAUGGUUGUCUCUCCGAGAUAUCUUAAUGGCACUGCUGCAGACAAGAAAUUUGCAAGUGUUGUUGACACGGAAUCUCGCAUCAAGGUGCCUUGCUUUGGAGGAGAGCAAGAGGUCGCCUUCUUCCAUGAGUAUAGGGAAGGUGUCGAUUGGGUGUUUGUGGACCAUCCAGCAUACCAUAGACCUGGAAAUCCUUAUGGGGAUUGCUAUGGAGCUUUUGGUGAUAACCAGUUUCGGUUCACUUUGCUUUGCCAUGCAGCAUGUGAAGCCCCAUUGGUGCUUCCAUUGGGAGGUUACACCUAUGGGGAAAAUUGUAUGUUCGUCAUCAAUGACUGGCAUGCAGGACUUGUUUCAGUGCUUUUGGCAGCCAAAUAUCGUCCACAUGGAGUUUACAAGGAUGCCCGAAGUAUUCUUGUAAUCCAUAACCUUGCACAUCAGGGAGUGGAGCCUGCAGCAACGUACAAAAAUUUGGGACUACCUCCAGAGUGGUAUGGAGCAUUGGGAUGGGUUUUUCCAACAUGGGCAAGGACCCAUGCUCUUGACACAGGUGAAGCUGUUAACAUUCUGAAGGGUGCAGUUGUGACAGCUGAUCGGAUACUGACAGUUAGCAAGGGAUAUUCUUGGGAGAUCACUACCGUUGAAGGUGGAUAUGGUCUGCAGGAGCUGUUAGGCAGCCGAAAGAGGGUUCUUGAUGGGAUCACGAAUGGAAUUGAUGAUGCUACAUGGAAUCCAUCUUCAGAUGAGCACAUUGCUUUCCAUUAUUCUGCUGAGGAUCUUUCUGGAAAGGCCCAAUGCAAGAUUGCUUUGCAGAAGGAAUUAGGUCUUCCUGUUAGGCCUGAUUGUCCAUUGAUUGGAUUUAUUGGGAGAUUAGAUUACCAGAAAGGAAUCGACUUGAUUCAGCAGGCUAUUCCAGAGCUUAUGCAAGACGAUAUACAAUUCGUUAUGCUAGGUUCUGGGGACCCACGGUUUGAAGAAUGGAUGAGGGCAACAGAAUCAGCUUAUAGAGAUAAAUUUCGGGGCUGGGUUGAAUUUAAUGUUCCAAUUUCUCAUAGGAUAACAGCAGGCUGUGACAUACUGUUGAUGCCUUCGAGAUUUGAGCCCUGUGGUCUGAAUCAAUUAUAUGCAAUGAGAUACGGAACAAUACCUGUGGUUCAUUGCACUGGGGGACUUGGAGAUACUGUAGAGACCUUCAAUCCAUAUGCUCAAGACGGCAAUGGAGAAGGCACAGGGUGGACUUUUUCUCCGCUAGUAAAAGAAAACAUGUUAUGGGCACUAAGAGUUGCUAUUAGUACGUACAGAGAGCACAAGUCUUCGUGGAAGGGACUGAUGAAAAGAGCUAUGCAGAAGGACUUCACAUGGGAAACUGCUGCAAUGCAAUAUGAGCAGGUCUUUGAAUGGGCCUUUACCGAUCUACCUUAUGUCAGCUGAGGCACAAGAGAUGGACAGAAAAGAAAAGGCGGUCGGAUGAGAGGUCCGACUAUGAUCUGAGUUCUAUGUAUGCAGGCGAGCUUCUCGCUGUCCUCAAUCGGGCUUCCUAAACAAGCGGAGAUUAUAUAUCGUUUGAACUCAUAAUCAGAAUAAUUGAUCUUUUCUUGAGUUCCAACAAAAACGGAAAAAAAAAGGAGACUAAAUUUAUCUUUUGACCUGGUUGGUUGGCAAUGUAAAAUGUGUUCACAAUGAUUAGAAAAAUGGGAAAUGGCAAUAUCUAUAGGCCUGUU